GCAGUCCCUUUCAUUGGUUACACUUGGCCAUUGUUAGGUGUUGUGUUUUAGAGCAUCAAGUUUUUGGCACCGUUGCCGGGGACUUUCUAGAGUAUUAGGAAAGGCAGAAGUUUGUUACUUUAGCGUUUUUCUUUUCUUUCUUUUCCACCUUUGCUUUUCACUUGGGUGUUUUUGUUUUUGUUGGUGCAGAUCUGAAUCAUGGAUCCUAAUGGCUUUUCCAAUCAUUGGGGGUAUCCACCACCAUCCGGGUGGUAUUACCCCGCGACUCCCUACAGCAAUCAAGGAGGAGAAGACUAUGGAUUCGGGUUCCAGUACCAACCCCCUUACUAUGGAGAACAAUCAGACCCCUGGGCAUAUCAAGAACAACCUCAUUGCCAAGAAGACUUUCUCCCACAACCAGAAGGGCCAUCGGAGCUGGAGUUACCCAUGGCGGCCUUCACGGGCCACUCUGAAGAGCCAUGCUACACUUCAAUGGAGGAUCCGAACGAACAAUUAAGGCUUCUCGUGGAGCAGUUUGCUCGAGACACUGAGAAAUCAUGCUCCAAGAUGGAUCUUCAAAUCAAAGCCCUUGCCACUUCCGAUCCCUCAUUUCUCCAUGAUAUGGAGGAGACUGUUCAGCGCUCAGCGAAGCAAACAGAGUGGGUGAAGCAAGUUUGCUCACAUCUUGCUCAAGAUCACCUUUCUGCUACCACGCUAGAAGAGGUGGAGGAUGACAAAGGCUAUGGGAGCGUUGAGGAGCAUACAGAAGUUAUCACAGAGAACUCACAUGAUAACCAUGAUCAGGAAAGUCCUUUGGUUGCAGACCACACCUUUCCUCAUUUAUGCUCUAACAUGCUGGGCCCGUGCAAGGAGAUGCAAGAUGAUCCCAUUGAAGAAAUUGCUUGGCGACUUGCUCUCCAAUCUGUUCUAGAAGAAGAAGAGCGAGCAAGGAUGAGGAAGGAAGUUGUGGAUGAUGAGGAAGAAAGAAAAGAAGAGGUGGUUCUUGAUCUUUUCCCAGGGGAGAGACCACAUUUUGAAGAAGGAAGGGGGGUUGAGGAAGCAAUUGGCGUCCAGGCUGAGGAUGAAGUUGAGGUGGAAGAGGCAUGCACCGGCCAUGAGUUGCAAGUAAUAUCCCCACCAAACUUUGAGGAACUGCUUGGCAAGGACCCAUUUGCAGUGUCUCUUUGCCAGACCAAGGCCACAUCGACAUCGGUCCCUCUUGGUGGACGCGAUGGUGGUCGGUCGAUGCUGUCAUAUCUGGUUUGGGGCAAGGAGACAAGAGAAGAGAAGAAGAGGUCUCGAGGGUGGAGACUUCAUCUGCAUCAAGUACAUGAGCCUUCAUCACCUGCCACACCACAUGCUCGUGACUUGAGACUCCACCUCAUCGACGAGAACCUCAACUUCAAGGAGGUUCUAGCAUGGACCGAAACUUAGGAGCCAUCGUCCGGCUCACGACGUGAAAGAAGCGCUUUUUGGGAGGCAACCCAACCAGUCGGUUUGCAUUUCUUUCUCUAUUUCUCCUCGGUUGAGUCAGUUUUGUUAUUUGAUUUUAGAGUCAAUAACUCAACCUUUGUGAGAUUUUGUGUGGUGUUUGUGUUCUGAUUACUCUCUCUUCCUGGAAUGCACUGCCUGACCCGUACAUCAUCAUUCACCCUUGAUCUGGUAACUUCGUUCUACCCUCCUUAUCUUUCCUCCAUUGAGGACAAUGUCGUGCUUGAGUGUGGGGGGGUGUUCGAUUAUGUAUGCGGGUGAACGUUUGGCUGUUUGUGUGCUUGGAGCCUAGUCCACUGUCCAAAUUUUUAAAUUUGAGGGCUCCAAGUAUGUGUUUCCUUGCAAAUUGCCUGCUCAGUAUGCUUUGAAUUGACAGUCUCUAUAGUAAUGUGCAACCUAGGGAGGUAGUGUAGCACUAUGGAGGAUGUUGAAGUAUAAGAUUUUUCCUAUCUAGCUCUCUGUUGUGCCAGUUGAUUUUGUGAAUUAGUGGAGCUAAGACCGUUGAAUUCAUGUGGUAAUGGUGACUCUGUUUGGAUUAUGUUAUGGACUCGUGUAUCGAAUAGGGUGCUCAUAUGGAAAAUGGGAAGCAGUUGGUCCUCCAUGUCAAAAUCAUUAAAUCUUAAACAUGGGG